AUGUUUGCUCCAGUUCGUGGUAAUAAGGCCUCAAAGCUGAGGUCCGAGGGAAAAGUUGAAAGGCCCGCACCCAUUGGUCCUUUUUGGGCUCUUACUUCCACCCGAGGCAGAGCCUAUCUUCCAGCUCCCACCGUUAAUCGUGGCUCCGAACCCACCAGUCUCGAUACCAGUCCCAGUCGCAUCCCUACCAUCCGCAGACCCAGUUCCAUCCCGACCAGCCGCGUACCGAUCCGCAGGCUUGCGGGUGUCCCGACGAGAAACACUUCCCCAGUUCGGGCCACUCCCUUGGAGGAAGUAACCAGUGCCAGUGCGUGUUCCUUGCCCUUGCUUCUAUCCUCCGAGAAUACAGUGGCCGAUCAUGAACGUAAGCCUGAAGUGGACAAGGACUCUGUCAAGUGGACUAAGUCAACGACAGAAGCUGUAAUCCAGCCGUCCUCGAGAAAGGAAAAAUCGCAUCAUCGGGUAAUCGAGUUGAACAAGGUGCGACUUUUGAAGUUGCAGCACAAGAAGCUGGAGAACUUGCAGACGGAGCUCAUGCUCAAAAUCCGUACCUUGGCACCCCAAAGGCUUCAAGGAGUCUACAAGUUUGUGGCCGUGGUGGUGAACGAGAAGUGCAAAGUCGAGAGUGUCCAUGACUUAAAGGAACGCUGUCGUGCCGUGGUCGAUUCGUGCUUUAUGUUAUUCUACGAUCAUUUGCAGUUGAUACAGAAGAGCAAGGAUGAAUACGAGGCGCGUAACCAACACGAGAAGAUUCGAAAUAAAUUAAACCUCAAAAUGAACACCAUUGUCGAGGAGAUCGAUCAGUUGUGUGGUCCAGCCUCGAAAGGUGGGAUUUUUAACGAAAGUCUGUAUCGCGAGAUAGCUCGCUUGCGGUUGGAGAAGAAGCACAUUGAGUCUAAGUUCUUUAUCAUCAAGAAGGAGCACUGCGACCAGAUGAACCAAUUGACUUCGGAGUACGAGGCCAACCUGGCUGACGAGCUGGCCGCAUGCGAUCACACCAUCAGAAGAAGAGCCUGCGGCGCAGCGAAGAUCAAGCUGCGAAUGCAUCACCGCCUGGAGGAGGCGCAUGUUGGACCGGACAAAGCCCGACACUCCAUUGAUAAGCAGUUGGCACAGAUCGCCUUCUUGGUGGGCGAACUGAAGGAGGCACGCGAGCUCAUUGUCAAUCUGCAGCAGCGUCAGGAUGUCAUGGACAAGGGUGUCAUGGAGAAGGAUCUGGUUAUUGCCGAACUAAACGAAAAAUAUAGAAAUACUAUGAUGCAGAUAAGUAAACUAAAAGAAGCAUUAAAUAUCAAAUCCAUCGAAUCGGAGACCCAAUCUCAAGUCGAGGGUCGGUUAAACAAAGAGAUAACCAAAUUGCGGGAGAAGAUCGAUCUCGAUCAGCAGAAGCUCACCGCUCGGAACCACUUGAUAAACAGCCUGCAGAAGACCGAGCAGGAGAACCGAGCCAAACUGGACAAAAUGUACUGUCAAGUUGGCGAGAAGAACACGCUGAUCAUUGUGCCAGCUGGCGAAGUUCAUGCCAACAGGAGCAGGGGCCGUCGCGGUCGAGAGGAUACUCCCAUUAGCAAUGACAUGACCGGAGGUCAGGACGUGUCUCGACCGAAUGGAAGAUUCUUUGAGCCACUGCAGCACCAACUAUUACAGCAUCAGCCAUCAGUCAGUCCCCGUCGUCAUUCACGUGGCUAUGUUAUACCUUCAACCAGGCAUUCCCACCGCCCUCAUUUGCAGCAUCCCCGCAAUCAUCAUUAA